CACGACACAAAAAGCGUUCUGUGCAAAUAUAUUUUCUACUUUGUAUAAUAUAGUUGCUAUUCAUAUCUCUAAUGACUUCCUCUUCAAACACACCAUUCAGGGCAUUCCUCAAAACAGCCUCUUCCUCUCCUUCAUCCACAUCCGAUUCUAAUAGCAAUGUCAAAAAGAUAAAAGAGUUCCGUAUUAGACGUACUCCACCUGUCAUAAAGGUCACAAAGCCAACAAAAAAAACUCCUGACCAGGACUCAGUUACUACUAUAACCUAUAGAUUAUCUUCCCCUCUUGCUGCCUUAUUCCCAUCUUCAACAGCUCCUCAAGAGCCGAGGCUAUGCUCGGACCUGAAUACCAAUGCCAAAAGCCCAAAGCUACGAGGGCUGUUCAGCAAAAAGGAUAAAGAAUCACCUAAACACUCAUGUACCAUUCAGGGGCAGAACUCGAGCAACGGAGCAGGUUGGUCUUCAGCGCUCUGGACUGGAUGGAAGAGUCGAGUGGGGAGGUCUGAACACGCCAUGCUCAAGCAAGAGGGAUGGGAUUGUAGUAAAUGCUGCAACGAUGAAUCAACUCUCAGCAAAACUUCAAGGAUAUGGAUUUCAACUAAAGCCAACAAAUCAGAUACUGAUGUUUCAAUAAUAGAGAAACGCCAGGCCAAGAGAGAAAAGUAUUUUGGUAUAAAGAGGAACAGUUUAGUGGUAACUAAGCAAGAUCAUGACAACUCCUUUUUUUCAGAAUCUGACUCAGAUGAGCAUACAAGUGGUUGUGGUAGGGGUGAGAUCAUGCUACACCCGUCGCAUAACCUCAGUGAUCAAUCCAUAACAUCACGCCCAUACCAUGAACAGCAGGGCCAACGAGCCAAUGGACACCAGCAAUGCCAUUUAAUCUCAUCUCAGACUCAGGAGCAUGCUUGCUAUCUCCAUAAUUCACAAUGUAACCAGCACUAUCCACCUAGAGCGGGCAUGACGUUGGCAAUACAUGAUAUCCUUGGGAUAGGCAAAGUCACAGAGAUGAGUCUGGCUCUAUUCUUGGCGCAUGAUGCGUUCUUAAGUCGGAGGCCAUUCUGGAUGCAAUGCGCUAUCAUGGCUUGGGAAGGCUUAGUGGUCUUGCUGAUCCUCUGGUGUGUGCUUCGGGUGGUAGGGUUGGCAGAGGUUGUGGUCUGGGGUGCAGAUGAUCUUGCCCGGGGUACAGUGUCGCUGAUCCAAGCCAUCAUGCAGUCACUGCGAAUUAUCCUAGUGUAUUUUUACUGAGAGAGCGUCCGUCGUCAUUGUUUUGUGCCACGAACUGGUAAAUAAAAUGUUAUAAAUAUUUAUGUAUAAAUAUAUGAAUAUGUGUAGAAAUUGUG